AUGCAAGCGACGAUCCAUCCGUCGGCAUCGUUCGAUGAGGAACGAGCCGCAGAAUCGCUCGAACGAGCGAUGAGAGGAUAUGGAACGGACAAACAGCGUGUAGUCGAUAUUCUCGUCAAAUGUAACAAUGCUCAACGUCAAAUGAUACGCACCCCGUACAAAACUCGCUAUGGUAAAGAUCUAGAAACUGAGCUAAAGAGGGAACUUUCAGGAGAUCUCGAAGACGUUAUCAUUGCCUUGAUGCAAACACCGACAAAGCGAGACGUUAUGGAUUUGCAUAAAGCUGUAAAA